AUGAAAGUGAUGGUCAAUGGGGACAGGAGUCGGAUGGCGACGGCGACUCUGGUGGGGCGUUUCGAGAAGCCUCUGCGACCACUGUGUCAGGUAGUGUUGGAGAUAGCUGCAGCGGCUUCACCCCACGGCAGGAGUGUGGCUCGUGGGCGGCCGACAAGCGCCGACUUUGGUCAGUCCCGUCCACGACCGAUGACCCAGGUAGCUCUAGGGGUACCAGAGUUGAGUCGGUACUAUUCUGAUGGAGGUCCGCGAGCGGCUCAUUCAUGUGAUGUGAUCGAUGGCAACUUAUACAUUUUCGGCGGUUGGAACGGGAAGAAGGCACUGAAUGAUCUAUACGUCCUUGACAUUCCUACCUUCCACUGGUAUGAAGUUGUCAUGCCUAGAGGGACUCCUCUGCCAGCGGCCAGGAAUAACCACACAACGGCUGUGGUAGAUGGUAGACUGUUCAUUCACGGUGGUCACGAUGGUGGUAAGUGGUUGGCCGAUACCCACGUCUUGGUGAACCUGGACUAUCCAGAGCACCGUCUAGCAGGGCAGCAACUUCAGCAACGUCUACGACAGGACCUGCCGGCUUCCCCUCAGCUUCAAAGGACAGUAAGUUAUCCAAGUGGAUCUCCAGCAGGGUUGUACCCCCAGCUUCAGCCGGGAUCAGCCUCAACUCCCGGUGUGAGGAGUAAUUCAGUCGGCGGGAGGACAGCGAAUGUCAGCAGCCUUACAGUUGAUACUACUACUGGUCAUGGGGGUGCCUCGAUGUAUGCUUCUGGUGGGAACCUAUCAGGGCAGGGCAAUGGGGAUCCGGGAUCGACUGCGGAGAGUGAGUGUGGGAUGGUUGCUGUUCGUGUCACCACUGAUGCCUUAUUCUCAGCUUGGCAUCAGCCAUUGAUCAAGAAGAGGAAGAUGCGUCGGUACGUUCGGUGCCUCGAGUGCUACUGUGCCAUUUGUGGUCAGGUUUUGCCUAUCACCAACUCAGCCUACAGCAGUCUGCGCUGGAUUAAGGCGAUAACUAGUGGUCAGCCUCCUUCUGCUCGGGCAUGCCAUACACUGUCACGACUCAACAAGAAGCUGUAUAUGUUUGGCGGAUAUGAUGGUCAGAAGUGCUUCAAUGACAUGGGUCGGGGCAUUUAA